AUGGCACUGUCCCCCCAGGCGUGCCACGUGGAGGGGGGCAGCGCGGGGCUGAGUCAGCUGCUGGAGGAGAAGCGCAAGGCCUUCGUCAGGAGGGACGCUGAGAUGGCCCCCGCCACCGGGGCCCUGUGUGGCAGCCUCAGCGGGAAGAGGAAGAAGAGGAUGAUGUACCUGACGACGAAGAACGCCGAGUUCGACCGCCACGAGCUGCUGAUUUACGAGGAGGUGGCACGAAUGCCCCCCUUCCGCCGGAAAACCCUGGUGCUCAUCGGCGCCCAGGGCGUGGGGCGCCGCAGCCUCAAGAACAAACUCAUCAUGGCCGACCAGGCACGCUACGGCACCACCAUCCCCUACACGUCGCGGAAGCCGAAGGACACCGAGAAGGACGGACACGGGUACCGCUUCGUGUCGCGGGGAGAGAUGGAGGCCGACAUCAAGGCCGGGCGGUACCUGGAGCACGGCGAGUAUGAGGGCAACCUCUACGGCACCAAGAUCGACUCCAUCCGCGCCGUGGUGGACAGCGGCAAGAUGUGCAUCCUGGACGUCAACCCCCAGGCGGUGAAGGUGCUGAGAACGGCUGAAUUCGUGCCAUACGUGGUCUUCAUCGAAGCCCCCGGUCCCGAGACGCUGCGGGCCAUGAACCGGGCGGCGCUGGAGAGUGGCGUGGCCACCAAACAGCUGACGGAGGCCAAUGCCAGGCGGACGGUGGAGGAGAGCAACCGCAUCCAGCGCGGCUACGGCCACUACUUCGACCUGAGCCUGACCAACGAUGACCUGGAGCGCACCUUCGGGCGGCUGCGGGGCUGUGUCUACUGA